CAGAGUAUGCCCGGCUCAGCCGCACGCUCGCCUUAGUGACCAGAGAACGCGAUUUGGCCGUGAAGGAGAAACACCAGCUGCAAGCCAAGCUGGAGAACCUGGAACAGGUCCUGAAGCACAUGCGUGAGGCUGCUGAGCGGCGGCAGCAGCUGGAGGUGGAGCAUGAGCAAGCCCUGGCCGUCCUCAGCGCCAAGCAGCAGGAGAUCGAGCUUCUGCAGAAGGCUCAGGUCGAAGCCAAGAAGGAGCACCAAGGAGCCGUGCAGCUGCUAGAGUGCAAGGUUCGGGAGCUGGAAGAGAAAUGCCGGACGCAGAGUGAGCAGUUCAGCCGGCUGUCCCGGGACCUGGAGAAGUUCCGGCAGCAGGCUGGGAAGAUCGACCUGCUGGGCGGCUCGGUGGCCUCUCUGGACAUCCCCUUGGCCCCUGGCAAGCCUUUCCCACAGUUCAUGAAUGGACUAGCUGCCUCCAUUGGCAGAGGUCACGAGAGUGCUGCUGGACACUACCCUGUGGUUGGUGACUACUCCCCGCUGUCUGGGGGCAAGCCGGAGCUGCUGUCCACCAACCCCAGCUUCCUGUCGCCGUCGGGUAGCCCAAGAUGUGGAUUUGAGUCAGACAUGGACAAUGAACGGAACUCCAGCACCUCGAAGCAGAGAUACUCGGGCAAGGUCCACCUGUGUGUCGCCCGCUACAGCUACAACCCCUUCGACGGGCCCAAUGAAAAUCCGGAGGCCGAGCUGCCACUCACGGCGGGAAAGUACCUCUACGUGUACGGGGACAUGGACGAGGACGGGUUCUACGAAGGGGAGCUCCUGGACGGGCAGAGGGGUCUGGUGCCCUCCAACUUUGUGGAUUUUGUCCAGGACAACGAGUCGCGGUUGGCGAGCACCUUGGGGACCGAGCAGGACCAGAACUUCAUCAACCAUUCCGGCCUCGGCCUGGAGAGCGAGAACAUUCUUGAUCUCCACUCCCCGACUCACACAGACUCGGGCCUUACUGACAGCGGCGGGGGGACGCUGGACGUGAACAUUGAUGACAUUGGAGAAGACAUCGUGCCUUACCCUAGAAAAAUCACCCUUAUCAAACAGCUUGCCAAAAGUGUCAUUGUGGGCUGGGAGCCCCCGGCCGUGCCACCUGGCUGGGGGACAGUGAGCAGCUACAACGUCCUGGUGGACAAGGAGACGCGGGUGAGCCUGGCACUGGGCAGCAGAACCAAGGCCCUGAUCGAGAAGCUCAACACGGCGGCCUGCACCUACCGCAUCUCCGUGCAGUGCAUCACCAGUCGGGGCAGCUCGGACGAGCUGCAGUGCACCCUGCUGGUGGGUAAGGAUGUGGCCGUGGCGCCGUCUCACCUGCGGGUGGAUGACAUCACGCAGAUCUCCGCCCGGCUCUCCUGGCUGCCCACCAACAGCAACUACAGCCACGUCAUCUUCCUCAACGAGGAGGAGUUCGACAUCGUCAGGGCCGCGCGGUACAAGUACCAGUUCCUCAACCUCAGGCCCAACAUGGCCUACAAGGUCAAGGUCCUGGCCAAGCCCCACCAGAUGCCCUGGCAGCUGCCGCUGGAGCAGCGGGAGAAGAAGGAGGCCUUCGUGGAGUUCUCCACGCUGCCUGCAGGCCCUCCAGCACCCCCCCAAGAUGUCACCGUCCAGGCGGGGGCCACCGCAGCCACGGUCCAGGUCUCCUGGAAGCCACCUGUGCUGACUCCCACUGGACUGUCCAACGGGGCGAACGUCACCGGCUAUGGCGUGUACGCCAAGGGGCAGAGGGUGGCCGAAGUCAUCUUCCCGACGGCGGACGGCACCACGGUGGAGCUGGUGCGCCUGCGGAGCCUGGAGGCUCAGGCCGUGACCGUGCGGACCCUCUCUGCCCAGGGCGAGUCGGUGGACUCCGUGGGCGCUGCCAUCCCCCUCGACCUCCUGGUGCCUCCCAGCCCCCACCCGAGAGCUGCACCCCCACCGAAGCCAUUACCAAGUGCCCCCGAAACCAAAGACAAGCGCCCGGGCCCCCACACCACGGGGGAGGAGCCCUGGGCGCAGAGCCGGGCGCCCGCCCCGCUGCACGGGCACAUGCUGGAGCCCCCGGACAUGCCAGGCACCGGCCCCGGGAGGCGGUCCCCUUCGCCCAGCCGCAUCCUCCCGCAGCCGCAGGGGGCACCAGUGUCCACCACCGUUGCCAAGGCCAUGGCCCGCGAGGCGGCACAGAGGGUGGCCGAGAGCAGCAGGCUAGAGAAAAGGAGCCUUCUCCCCGAGAGGAGCAGCGUGGGACGCUGCGCCAGCUCGGACGAGGAGGACGGGCUCGCCUCCCCCGAGCUCAGGCGGCGGGGCACCUCUGUGGAUGACUUCCUGCGGGGCUCCGAGCUCGGCAAGCCGCCCCACUGUUGCCACGGAGACGAGUACCACACGGAGAGCAGCCGGGGCUCGGACCUCUCGGACAUCAUGGAGGAGGACGAGGAGGAGCUGUACUCCGAGAUGCAGCUGGAGGAUGGGGGCCGGCGGCGGCCCAGCGGCACCUCCCACAACGCUCUCAAGGAGUGCUAUAAGCCUAGGAGCCCGGAAGGCGCCUCCCGGGGACAGCCUGAGGGCCCCCCGCAGCCCCUCCGCAGUAAGCGGCUUUGCAGUAUCCCCGAGGUAGCCGAGGAGGACACAGACCACUGGGAGCCGCUGCUCAGGCAGGGCUCCGGCGCCGCCAAGGCCAGGGUGCUGCUGGCUGUGCUGCCUGGGCCCGCGGUCCCGCAGGCCUCCUGGCCCCCUGCCAAGCACAGAGCCCCCGGGGCCCACCUGGAGGACCUCCUGGAAGACAGAGGCUGUCGGCCCAGCCGCUGGGCCACCAGGAGCCCCGACAGCGGCCUGGACUGUGGCAGUGAGGAGGAGGAACCACGGUCCAGCUUCAGGAGCUCCCCGGCCCAGGGCAGCCCAGGCCCCCACCACUGUCCCUGCAGGAGAGGCCUGAGGCCUCUGCUGGCCCGGCGGCGGACACUGACCCGGCAGAGCAGCAUAGAAGAGGACUUUGGGGAACAGGUGGAGCCCAGUGACACCACCAGGAGCGGUGACACGCCCCCCCGCCCGGAGAGGUCCGUGCCCAGGCAGCACGGCUGGGACGAGGCCGCCGAGCAGCAAGACUCGCGGGGCGUCUGGAGGAAGGGCACAGCCGUGCCCGGCAGCAGGGCGGCUGUCCAGCAGGCACAGCCUCCUCCCAGAGUGGCCGACGGCCCCGUGAUUCUAGGAAACCCAGCAUCUGCCGGACGGGUGGACAGGGCGGAUCACGUGGGCCGGAGGUUUUCCCACGGUGGCACUGGUCCUCAGCGGCCCCGGCCGACGGUAGUGCCAUCUCUUGACGAGUUCGCCGGGCGUGACCGCCUCUCUCCAGACUUCUACGAGGAGUCGGAGACCGACCCUGGAGCCGAGGAGCCCCCGGCCCGCAUCUUCGUGGCUCUGUUUGACUACGACCCGCUCACCAUGUCCCCAAACCCCGACGCUGCAGAGGAGGAGCUUCCCUUCAAGGAAGGACAGAUCAUCAAGGUGUAUGGCGAUAAAGAUGCUGACGGGUUCUACCGCGGGGAAACCUGCGCCCGGCUCGGCCUCAUCCCCUGCAACAUGGUCUCAGAGAUCCACGCGGACGACGAGGAGAUGACCGACCAGCUGCUGAGACAAGGCUUCCUCCCCCUGAGCACACCCGUGGAGAAAAUAGAGAGAGGUAGAAGAAGCAGCAGGCGGCGCUCCGUGUCCACAAGAAGAGUGGUGGCUCUCUACGACUACGACCCCAGGGAGAGCUCGCCCAAUGUGGACGUCGAGGCUGAACUUACAUUUUGCACUGGAGAUAUUAUUACAGUUUUUGGUGAAAUCGAUGAAGACGGAUUUUAUUAUGGGGAGCUCAACGGGCAGAAAGGCCUGGUGCCUUCCAACUUCCUGGAAGAAGUGCCUGAGGACGUGGAAGUCUACCUCUCCGACGCCCCGUCCCCCUACUCUCAAGACGCGCCCCCGCGCGCCAAGGCGAAAAGGAAGAGCGUUCAUUUCACACCCUAAUCAGGCAUGUAGCCUUCACGUAAGUGAGCAGCUGGAGACACCUAGAGAGAUGCCGACUUAAGCUACCUAACGGACCAGUGCGGUAGACUUAAGCUCCACUGUGGCCUAGAGAGGAAAGAAAUAUGUCUCAAAGCCCUGGACCUAAGCACUAGGCACCCCUCGGCCUCAGUUCACACAGCUGAAUCCGUAGUGAGACGCAUCAGCUUUAACGAUCAUUUCCUGCUAUUUUCAUUUCGAGCAUUUGAAAGGCCGACCUUGGGAACAUAUUUCUUACCAGCCGAUUGAUUGUUUACAUAAGUUCCAGCGUCUGCUCUUACUCAGAGCUGCGUAUUGCAUUGUUAGCCACCCCUGGAAAAGCACAAGCUACCUGAUAUAUUUACUGUAGGAGGUUUUUCCUAAAAACAAAAACAAAAAGCACCUGUAGUUCAAGGUCAAGUAGAGGAGCAGUGCACAGAGGGGAGGUGUGGGCGCUGACCCGUGCGCCAGCACCCCACCUCCACCUGCGGAGCAAGCAGCCGCGCAGACGCGGCCAGGCCUGGGUACCAAUGCAAUAGUGCGCAGCUCAGAGGGUCGCACUGGGCGCAGGAGACGGUGACUUCAGGUGUGCUUUGGGAUGCAUCCCUAGGUGUUUUCUGCUAGGACUAGACCUUGAUUCUGGAUCCAAGCAAGCUUGAAGCCCUUGGCCUGUGCUCUUGCUGCCGCACAGUGGGGCCCGCUUAGCGGUGGGUUUGCUUGGGAGGUAGGGAACGGGGCGGUGACGGAGUCAUGCAAGCCGGGCUCCCACCAGCUGCAAAAGACACCAGGCGGAGUGGCCGCCUGUGCGGUGGAGCAGAGCCCGCUCUCCGCGGCGCUCUCCUGAGCGCCUGGAGCAUCCACACAGCAGAGCGCCACAGCCUAGACGGGGUGGAGCAGCGCCCUCGUGUGCAAACGGCAGAAGCAUGGACAAGGGCCUUCAAGCUUUCUUCGAUUGUAAUUAAGGUUCAUUUUAGUUUUUUUCUUUCAACCAGUGUGCCAUCUCCAAUCUUUCUACAGUAUUCUAACCCACCCAAGAACAUACCCAACAUCACCAGGGUUUUCUAUAAGUAGUUUUCAAAUGCACCCAAAUUCCCCGUAAGAACUUUUGCUUUUAAGACAACUGAUGGGUCCUUGGCCAACGUGGCUAUCAAUCUGAUUUAAGUGACUUCCCUGCUUUUAGUCUGAACUUACCAUCAAUUAUGAGCCAGCUUUGUUUGCCAAAGCGGUGGCCACCCCUCUCCAGUGAGACGGAGAGCUGCCCCCAGCCAGGCCCUGGCGGGUGCUCGGGGAGCGGGCACGUGCAGGCUGAAAGCAGCGGCGGGAGCCGGGGCGCGCGUGGUACCGAGUGGAUUGCUGUUGUUGGCCUCACACACUCAAACUGUCACAAUGUACCUACUAGGUUCCUCCUGAGGGUUCAGGGACAGCAAGGAGAGCUCCAUCCCCCACAGCCCAUCUCCAUUCGGGGUCACCUGCGCCAUCUAUGGGUUCUGGUAGUCCUGGGAGAGGCAGGGAAAUGUCCUCAAGAAAGAAAAGGGGGCUGCUU